AUGCUAAAUGUGUCAACAUCAGCAAAUGACCCAAUAUUUUAUUAUCAUCAUUGCUUUAUGGAUUUUAUUUGGGAAAUGUGGAGAUAUAAAAAUCAAAAUAGAACAGAAAGAGAAUUACAAUAUCCACCAGAUAAUGAAGAAUGUGCAUCAGACGACCAUUAUGCUAAUGCAACAAUGGAACCCUUUAAUAAUUUGGUUAACAUAGAUGCUCUAAAAAAUGUCUAUACAGAUUUGCUUUAUGAAUAUGCCCCUAGACCUAAUUGUGAUAAUAUUACGGAUUGUGGAAGCAAAUAUUUGUUUUGUGAUCGUUCUCAUGGAAAGCCUGAAUGUGUGGCUAAAAUUAAAAUUGGUGGAAAUUGUACGGGAUUUGAAAGUAAAUCUUUUCGGGGAGCAUUUUGCAUAUUUAAGGGGUCGAGACAUUUGGUUUUUAGGUAGGUGGAGAUUAGGGGGGAUUGAGAUUUUUUCAUACUUAGGGGAUA